AUGGGAGACUACGGUACUGCUUCAUAUAUACUCCCCACCCCUGUUGGCAACCCACCACAGCACUCCACCUCACCUAAUGAGAUAACUGUUCUAAUAACAGGCUUUGGGCCCUUUAAGACAAACCUUGUGAAUGCGUCAUAUCUAAUCGCUUCCUCUCUUCCAUCGUCUUUUGAUUUCCCCUCGGAUUCACGUCGAGUCUCACUUCAUGUGCAUCCCACUCCAAUCCCAGUGGCGUAUGCCACUGUUCGAGAGACCCUUCCCUUAAUUCUCGAGGAGUUUGCUGCCUCACAUGGUGGUCGCAGACCUGAUUUGAUUAUUCAUAUCGGCAUCGCCGCUCCGCGGCAAUAUUACUCCGUCGAAACUUUAGCUCACCGAGAUGACUAUAACAUCACCGAUGUCAAUGGUCAUCCCGGCUAUAUGGAUGGCGAGAAGCGAUGGAAAGGGCUGGGUCUACCGCCUAUUCUGACCCCAGGUCGUGCUGCAGAUGAUCCCUCCUCUGCUUCGCCUUACCAGCCCGAGGACCAGUUCCUGGAGACGUGGCGCUCUUUUGCUCCCAAGUCGGAUCUCCGGAUCUCCAAGGACGCAGGUCACUAUCUGUGUGACUUUAUUUUCUAUACCAGCAUGUCUUUAGCCCACUUGCAAGGGCAGGACCGCAAUGUCCUGUUCCUCCAUGUCCCUGGGUCGUCUGAGGAUGCGGAUAUUGAGCAAGGCCGGGUUGUCACACUCGCCCUAAUUAAGGCAAUGGUCACAUGUUGGUUCGAUAAGAAGCAUUCGGCAUGA